UAAUCUCCUUAAUUACCUUCAUUCAACACUUCCCCUUCAACAUUUUUCUCUCAACCCCCUCCAAUGUCCGGCGAUAUCGCCACCACCUCCACCACCCCUUCCGCCGUCGCCACGGCUAUCACCGGUGACGAAGAAACACAUUCCACCUCCAUCACCACCACCACCUCGACAAACAAACCACAUAUAACAUGGUCAGACUCAUACACAAAAGCACAAAAAGCCAUCCAAUCCUUAACCUCCAUUCUCCCAUCCAUUCCUCCUUCCCUUUCUUCAUCCGAAACCCCCGCCUCUUGCCUCCUCCGCGACGCCGAAACAGCAGCACAAAUCUCUAACCUACUCCGUCAACCUGACUCUGGUGCAGGAGAUGACAACAUCUGUCGAUGGCUUUACGAUACGUUCCAGUACUCAGAACCUGAACUUCAUAUCGUUGUCCUCCGUUUCCUCCCUGUUAUCGCGGGAGUUUAUCUAUCCCGCGUUAACCUACAUAAGCCAUUAGCAGGAUUCGAAGCCGUUUUACUAGCAUUAUAUGGAUACGAAACAUCCGUACGUAACAGUCAGUCCGUUACGGUAAACAUCCCUGAUCUAUCACACUCGAGUAUAUAUCACGAGACGAAUAAAGCACCUAAAAACUCAGCUACCGAGUUAAAUUUGGCAGUUAUAUCACCAAGCUUGGAGCCCUAUGGUAUUGUACGUUCAACGAAACGUGCACGUAUCGUUGGUGUUGCAUUGGAGUUGUAUUACAGUAAGUUAACUCAGAUUCCGGUUGAGUCCAAAAUUGAGUUCUGCGAGUUUUGCAAGAUUUGGUCGUCAGGACAUGGUGAAAGUAGCGGAAAUGAGGCGAAAAAGAGUAUUUAUAUGCCAUGGGAGUUGUUGCAACCUGUGUUGAGGAUAUUGGGACAUUGUUUGAUGGGGUAUAAAAGGGAUGAGAAAUUGUAUCAAAGUGCAAUUGGUGCAAUUGGAUGUUUGUAUGAAAGAGCUUUGCAUGAUUUGAAUACGAAAGCGAUGCUGGCUACUGGGAGUCUUCUUCAGCUUGUGAAAUUGGGGGCGGAAUCCGAUGAAGUUGAUUAUACAGAGAUUAAUAUUGAGUCUAAUACCAUUAACCUUUGAAAGGAGUUGUUACUGUUCUAUUUAUUCUUUUCAUGCAGCAGAUGUUUGUGUUUUUUUAAAAGUUUUUAGUUCAGACUAUUCAGGAUUUGUGCAUUGUAGCCCCUAGAGGAUAUUUUUUUUUAUAUCCAAGUAUCGGAUCAAGCCCUUUGAUUAAGGAUGGAGGAAUCAGAAUCAUUCCAUCACAUCGCAUGUUUUAUUUCUGAACUUAUUGUCUUUCGGGUAAGGUCCAAACAUAUGUAUACAAUUUGGAAUUGUUCGAUGUUAUUUUUGAUCGAAAAAACUAAAUUUAUUCCAA